GGGACCUGAGUAUCAAUCAAUUGCGGGCACCAUCUCUCUUUUUCCUGAAAAUUUCCCCCCAGAUAUUCUCCACCCUAGAUUGAUGGAGGCCGAACAACUCAUCCUUUUUCAGCGGCAACACGAGUCUUCUCAGCUCCAGCCGGCCUUUGGAGCUCAGGUUGGUAAUGCUCAGCAAGUGCAGGUCGGCCAACCGCCUGCUCAUGGUGCUUACCGCGGCAGAGGAGGCCGCGGCAGAGGCGGCCGCGGAAGAGGGGGCCGCGGCAGAGGUCGGUUUCCACCCAACCAGGCCUACGGGCAGCACACAGGACAGCCGCAAGGGUAUGGUCAGCAGGCCCCACCGUAUCACGGACAGCAGCCGGCACAUCCGUUCUUGCCCGCAGGGGGUGCCUCUACUCUGAGACCUCAAAAUGCUCCAUCUGGUUUCUCAUCAACUGAGGGUAUUCUUGGUUCAGUCCCUUCCCCAGUUGUGUGUCAAAUUUGUUUCUCUGCAGGUCAUUCUGCUCUGCACUGUCCGUCCCGUUUUUCUGCUUCUUCUGCACCGGCCUUGGUUGCUCCCAGUGGGGAAUCUAAUGAUGCUUUGUGGUAUCCCGACUCCGGAGCUUCUGCUCAUAUGACAUCGUCAGAAGGUAUUUUGUCAAAUAAAUCUCCUUACUCUGGCACCAUGUCUGUUAGUGUUGCAAAUGGUAUUAAACUUCCAAUUGCUAAUAUUGGUGAUAUUUCAUUAAAUACUCCUACUCGCCCAUUGUCAUUAAAAUCUGUGUUUCAUGUGCCUCAAAUUAAAUUUAAUUUAAUUUCCAUUCAAAAAUUGUGUGCUGAUAACAACUGUGUUGCAAUUUUUGAUAAAAACUCUUUUUUUGUUAAGGACAAAAUUUCGGGGGCAGUUCUUCUUCAGGCGCGUCAUAAUGGCCAUCUAUACCCUGUCAGCCUCAGUCCUCCAGCACCUCUAGCUUUAGCUUCCG